AUGCCAGCAGAAGUGUUCGGUACGACGAACCCGCCCAGUUCCCCAGCAAAAUACUUUUCGCCUUGCAACCUCCAGCCCUCAAUCACAAUGCCGAAGCCGAGAACGAAACGUCAAGCGAUCCGCGACGAGCGGAAGAAGAAGAGGAGGGAGGUGGAUGAAGAGAAUUACGAGGCGAACAAAGAGGAACGAUCGUCGAAGCGCAGGCGGGUCGAGGACGAGGAACAGCAUGGCGAACAACAGCCCGCCUUCGACGAUGCGGCGAACGAGCAGGAGCAGUCAUUCCGUGGCAAUGGGCCCGAGGUGGAGUUCUUCGGAAUGCUUGCCGACGAGGAACAGGAAUACUUCCGCCGCGCCGACGAGCUGCUCGAAUUGAACCAGUUUCCCUCCUCCGAGGAGCGCGACGUCUUCCUGCAAAACGUGUACAAGGAGGCGCGGGGCAAGGAAUUGAAGUUGGCCAGCAGUCAAUCGCUUUCACGACUCAUGGAGCGCCUCAUUAUCCUUUCGAACACAAGACAGAAGAAGCAGAUCUUCAACGCUUUUGCUACUCAUUUCCUGUCCCUGGUACAGCAUCGAUUUGCCAGUCACUGCUGUGAGAAGCUGUUCCUCGAAUCGGCACCAGUUGUGACACAAGAGUUGGGAGGUAUCGUACCGGAAUCUAAGGCGGACGACGAGAUGAAUACUGAAGAGGACGGCGAGCCGGCGCCUGAGAACACUAUGGAGGACCUCUUCCUUAUGACCCUCGAUGAGUUCGAACAGCACAUGGGAUUCCUCCUGACGGACAGAUUCGGGUCCCAUACCCUGCGCGUGCUCCUGGUUGUUCUGUCCGGAAGACCACUGGACGACGCAGCUACCAAGUCGAUGCUGAAGAGCAAGAAGAAGGAGUACAUUUCCGUCCAGGGAGCCACAGCAACCGCAGACGAACUCACCCACCAGCUGAGGGCCGUUCCCGAAUCCUUUACCAUGGCCACCAAGAAGAUCAUUCAGGAUGCUGUUUCCGGCAUGGACUUUACCGCGCUGCGCGUGCUCGCCAAGCACCCUACGGGCAACCCUCUCCUCCAGCUCCUGCUCGAACUCGACAUCUCCCUCAACCACAAGAGCGACAAGGAAUCCGCAGCAUCAACAAAGGACACCCUGCUGUACAGGCUGUUGCCCGACGCACCUAAAUCUCUGAGCGACGAGUCAUCGCAGGCGGCAGACUUUGUCAACAGCAUGGUGUACGACCAGAUCGGAUCUCGCCUUCUCGAAACGCUCCUCACAAACUGCCCCGGCAAGAUCUUCAAGGCGCUCUCUCGCAACUUCUUCGGCGAGCGCAUCGCAACCUACGUCCGCAACGACAUUGCCUCGUACCCCGCCCUCCGCGUUCUGAACCGUGCCAGCAAGGACGACCUUGUCGAGGCCGUCAAGAAGAUUGUCCCCGCCGUGCCCCUCUUGGUGACCAAGGCCCGGUACAACGUGCUCAAGACCCUCUUUGAGCGCUGCGAGGCCCGUGGCGCGUAUGAGGAGAAGAGUGCGCUCACAAGAGCCCUCACCGACGCGCUCGGCUCCAACCCCAAGGACGUAGUGCCGAAGCUGUGCCAUCUCGUCGAGGAAGAGCCUGCCGCAGACGACAAGAAGUUCCAGCAGGAUGGCCCACAGAACAAGACCGCCGUCGCCAACCACGGCUGUCAACUCGUAACAGCUAUGCUCAAGACCUCAGGCAAUCCCGUCAAGGUCGCCCAGAAAUCCCUCCUCGCCACGCCCCCAGACCUCCUCGUCAAGCUCGCAACCACGUCAAUGGCAUCAAUGACCGUCCUGACGACAGCCCUCGCCACCCCGGCAGCCCCCCAAAACGAGUUCUUCCACAAGGCGCUCGUCGGUGCGAUUGCCCCGCACGCGGCCGAGCUCGCCCAGUCGCAGUUUGGCCACAACGUCGUGCUCGCCAUCAUCGAGGUGCCCUCCCGCGGCACAGACCGGUCGAUCCCGUUUCACGUCAAGCAGACCAUCAUCGGCGCGCUGGCGGAGCACGAGAGGGCCCUGCGCGACUCCUGGAUGGGCCGCAGCGUCUGGCGCACGUGGAAGGGUGACAUGUGGAAGACGAGGCGUUCCGACUGGGUCAAGUGGGCCAAGGAGGUGGAUGGGCCGGCCGAGGAGACCAAGUUGAAGCCGUGGGAGAGGAGGAAGUUGGACCAGCAAAAGGGGCUUCAGCCGAGACCAGCGGCCGCCGCCCCGGUGAGAGGGAAUGUCGAUGCGGAAGAGCAGCAGGAGGAGUGA